ACAGUAAAUUAUUUUUCACUAUGAGACAGAAAGUUAAAAGUUUAGUUUUCAGUAAAAGGAUUUGCACAAAAUUCAACUACAUCAAAUCUACUAGAUGAAUACUAAUUUAUUCAUCAUUUUGUAUACUCCACUUUUAGACUAUUAUAAUCUUUAUCUCUAAAAUAUGGUGUUGAACUUUUGCCAAAUUGAUCAAACUCAACCUCAAUGAAAUUAAUGAUGAAAGUUUCAAAUUUGUAAUAAGUUUAUAUUGUUGGCAUAGAGGAUAUACUUGCCUCUUUGGCCCGAAGACUCACCAAAAAAUUAAACAUUAUGUUGGGCAAUUAACAGGAAAAUUUAACAAAAAUAAAUAAUGGAUGCCCCUCUGGAGGAAAACUACAAUGGUGGUUUUCUGGGUAGUUUUCUGUCAAAUAGUCUAAAAACCAACCAACUGGAGGUGAAUACGGAUGCAAAAACUCUGCGUCCAAUUGCUCGCCUCAAGGAACCCAGAGAUUUAUUUGCAUUGCCGAAAGAAAGAGAUUAUGACUGCCCCCAGCAAGCGGCACGAUGGCCGAUCGAGUGUCAGGUAUUGGAAGAACGAAUUUAUCACAUAGAAUACGUGCCAGAAUCUCCUGAACCGUACUAUCAGCCAACAGGAAAAGAACUGCAGCCACGACCAGUCGGAGAAGAGAAUGGAAUAGUGAUUUAUAAUUAUAAUCCUGUCAGUGCCGUCAAUUAUACAAAUAGAGACAGUGAUUCAGAUUCUGAUGACGAUGAUAGUUCAGCGACCGAGAUAAAUUACUCUUCAACAGCGGAAUCUGAUGAUAUAAAGAGGAAAACACCGGAUACAGAUGCAACAGAUUCCGAUGAGAGUGGAGAUGGCAAUUGUAAUGAUGAUGAUGACGAUGAUUGUGACGACACAAGUAUCAAAUGCAAAAGUUUAAAAUUAGAUAGUGCACAAAUUAAUAAUUCACAACCAGACACGGAGUCUUGCAACAAUUUCACAAGCAAUCUUCCACAGUUCAGUCGUUCCAGUGUGGGUGGAUCCAAAUAUUUACUCAAUGCCCAUCCAAAUCCACCAGAAAUUGAGGAUUUAGUGUUUGAAUCGCGAUUUGAAUCGGGAAAUUUAGCCAAGGCUGUGAAAAUAACAUCAGGAUACUAUGAACUCUACCUAAGACCCGAUAUGUAUACCAAUCGCCAUACACAAUGGUUCUACUUUCGCGUCAUGAAUACACGGAAAAAAAUUAACUACAGGUUCUCCAUUGUCAAUUUAGUAAAGUCGGACAGCCUUUACAAUGAGGGAAUGCGUCCCCUCAUGUACUCAACCAUCGAAGCCAAUACAUCACUCAUCGGUUGGAGGAGAUGCGGAGAAAAUAUCACAUACUUUCGCAAUGAUGACACAUUUCCCCUCAAUGAUGACGACGAUGAGAAUGGUUCCUACACAUUAACAUUCAAUAUUGAAUUUCAACAUGACAACGACACGGUAUAUUUUGCCCAUAGCUACCCCUACACCUACAGUGAUCUCCAGGACUAUCUAAUGGCCAUCCAGCGUCAUCCUGUAAAAUCCAAGUACUGCAAACUUCGACUACUCUGUAGAUCCCUAGCGGGCAACAAUAUCUACUAUUUAACAGUCACAGCACCUCAAACCGAAGAAGAGGCAGUAAAGCAAAAGAAACGGGCAGUUGUUGUAUCAGCCAGAGUUCAUCCUGGAGAAACUCCAUCAUCGUGGAUGAUGAAAGGACUGAUGGACUUUAUCACAGGCGAUUCUUACGUGGCCAAGAGACUUCGUCACAAAUUCAUCUUCAAACUAAUCCCAAUGCUAAAUCCUGAUGGUGUUAUCGUGGGCAAUACAAGGAGUUCCCUCACGGGCAAAGACUUAAAUCGACAAUACCGAACAGUUAUACGGGAAACGUAUCCUUCAAUCUGGUACACCAAGGCAAUGAUUAAAAGACUGAUGGACGACUGUGGUGUCGUCAUGUACUGCGACAUGCACGCUCAUUCACGUAAACACAAUGUAUUCAUCUACGGUUGCGAAAAUAAGCGACAGCCUGAGAAGAAACUAUCGGAGCAGGUGUUUCCACUCAUGCUACACAAGAAUGUAGCCGAUAAAUUUUCCUUUGAGAGCUGCAAGUUCAAGAUACAGAAGAACAAAGAGGGUACCGGACGAAUUGUUGUAUGGAUGUUGGGGGUUACAAAUAGCUACACCAUUGAAGCAUCAUUUGGCGGUACAACACUUGGUAGUCGCAGUGGAACACAUUUCAAUACCAUGGACUACGAGCAACUUGGUAGAGCAUUCUGUGAGACCCUGAUGGAUUACUAUGACGAGAAUCCAUUGAAAGUAAAUAGGCGGAAACGAUUGCUGUUGAGAUUAAAGAAGAUUAGACGCUUAGAACGUAGAUUGAGAAAAGCAAAGAAAGCACAAAAAUUGGAGGAGCAGGAGAGACUUCGCAUGAAAAUCCUCAAUCGGCUGUCAAAGGAAGGUUCAAGCGCGGAUGAACCACUAAAUAUACCCCUAUCCGAUUAUUCUAGCGAUGAGGGUGAUACGAGUUCAGAUAGUUCCGAAAAUGAAGCCAACAAAAGUAUUUAUGAGGGACCUUGCUGCCAACCACUGAAGGUGCCACCCUCAUCUCCGGUCAUGCCAUCAAAAUUAAAGUGCAAUAAGAAGUUCAGAAAAUCCAAAUUAAAACGACCCGUGACACUUAAGAAAUCCCACAAGUUUCCCUCGAGACCCAUCAUGGACAUUCCAACAACUGAUCCUGGCCUCGAUCUCCUCUACUCAACCUCCGAUGAUGACUACGAAACAGACGGAGAUAUUUUUGGGCGAGGAUACAAGGGGAAAUUGGUGAGGAAGUCCCCUCAACUUUUCACUGAUACGAAUGUUCUCAUGCCACCCGAAUUGAUUAUAACAUCAGCGAAAAAAACUGAUGAUGAGCUUGGAGAUAAGCCGUCAAGAGUGCCUGAAGGUGCUGCCCAAUCAAUAUCGGAAUUUCCCCCAAUAAACAUCAGCAAACGUGCUAAAUCUUGGCACAGUUUUAAUCGUUGCAUGGCCACGCUAAAAAUCACAAAUUCUACUCAAGAUGGUAUCAACUACGAUGCAGCCGAUAGCCUGCAGCUGAAGCUGUCGCUCAAGAAGCAGAUCUGGGCAGGAGCCUGGCCUGGAACAAAUGGAAUUGAUCGAUCCAGACCCCUUUCCUGGGGUGUUUCCUCAAUUACCAGCAAAAAAGCCACUGGAAAUCACCACCGGACUCAAGACUAUGACAGUGAAAGUCUCCUGACGGCAUGCUCUCAGAAAUUAGCAGCCUGGCAGGAGACAGAAAGACAAAAUGCUGUAGCAGCUUCCACAGCAAUCAGUGAUAAGAAAACUCCUCGGAAGCAAGUGACAAUUGCAGGAAGUGCAGUUCAAGUGAAGAGUUUGAGUGAGAAAGUAAACAAAAAUCGAAGGAAUACUGCCACAUUCCCCACGCCAACAAAAUGCUUGCCAGAAGAUCAGGGAAAGAGCAAACGAAAGCCCAAGAGCACAUUGACGAAAAUAGUGAAGGCUACAGAUUUCUUCACUCACCUGGCCAAAUCGUCCAAGACCCCCAAAAGCCGCGACGUGCCAAGCCAAGCACUUUUGGCGCCACAGAGCCUCGUGGGAACUCUUGUACCCAACACCAAUCACUCGGGUCACAAGCUGAAGGCCCCCAAUAAGUUCCGGACUGGAGCAAUUGUCGUGACAGCUGUUCAGCCCGGAAAGAAGUCCAAGAAGAUGCGUCCAAAUCGCCACAAGAAUCACGACACUUCCGACAGUGACUCUGAAAAUGCCAAGACAUUCGUUAGGAAGGUCCGGACGAAGAUCAAGCGGAAAAAGAGCAAAAGUAGCAAGCAAUAGGAUAGAAUUUAUCACAUUGUAAAUCAUCCCUGGAAUACAAGAAUUUUUAUCAAGCCCCA